GACAGGGCCUGGGGAACUGCUUGAAUGCCGCCCUGUGACCGCCGAGAUGAGGGAACAGCCCUUAUUUGCCUGGCUCUGAUUCUCCAUGCUGUCGUGGUUGUGGAAUGCAAAAGCCAGGACAUGAUGGAAACAGGACUUGGAGAUCCUUUCAGAAUGCCGGAGGAAAGUUCUCCCAGGCAGACCCCACAGAGCGUUCCAUACCAGGACCUGCCUCACCUGGUCAAUGCCGAUGGACAGUACCUCUUCUGCAGGUACUGGAAACCUACGGGCACACCCAAGGCCCUCAUCUUUAUGUCCCAUGGAGCCGGGGAGCACUGUGGCCGCUAUGACGAGCUGGCUCAGAUGCUGGUGGGGCUCGAGCUGCUGGUGUUCGCCCACGACCAUGUUGGCCAUGGACAGAGCGAAGGGGAGAGGAUGGUAGUGUCUGACUUCCACGUUUUCAUCAGGGAUGUGCUACAGCACGUGGAUAUCAUGCAGAAAGACUACCCGGGGCUUCCUGUGUUCCUGCUGGGCCACUCCAUGGGAGGUGCCAUCACCAUCCUUACGGCCGCAGAGAGACCGGGCCUCUUCUCCGGCAUGGUCCUCAUUUCGCCUUUGGUUCUUGCCAGUCCUGAGUCUGCAACAACUUUCAAGGAUUAUCCGAAGAGCGUGGUCGAAAUGGCAACGAGAGUGGUAUUCUCUUCGAUUUCAACUUCUUAUUGGGUCUUUGCUGCGAAAGUUCUCAACCUUGUCCUGCCAAACAUGUCCCUGGGCCCAAUCGACUCCAGCGUGCUCUCUCGGAAUAAGACGGAGCCCUCCUCCCGCUGCGGACUCUCGCAGCCCUGAGCACACAAGCCGGCGGACUUCCUGAAGCCGGUGGACUCUCCAGACUGUCAGGGGUGGUCACAGCUGCCAGCCAGACCCGAGACCUUGACGCGUUCUCCCUGCCCUGCAGCGUCACAUCAUCCAAGAAGAAAGAAGCCACCAGCUUGGCUGGGUUCCCAUGGGAAUACCACCUGGGCCAAAUGCGCUCAAAGACACCAUCGGUCACCUCAAAGCCACCCGGGAGCUAGGAUUUGGACCCCCAUUUACAGGACGAUCAGAGGCAGCCGACUUGCCAAGCCUUGGCGUAAGCGGCCGAUCCAGACACCAGCCCCAAACGGGGACUCUGCCCACCAGCGUCUUCCUGCUCCAAGCCUACCAAGGGACGUGUGUCUCCUACUGGCAAAGGGAAACCAAAGAACCUGAAAACUGGGACUGUGGGGAAAGGAGCUUUCUCCUCCGAUUUUAAUUAUGGAGAAUUUCAAACCUACAGGAAAGUGGACAAUAACAGCACAACACAGUCCCACGUACGCUUCCCCGUGAUUCACCAAAUGGGAAAUGUUACGCCAUACUUUUUUCAUCUGUGCUUACAUAGGGAAAUAGCAAUAUGGAUGCGUAGCUUAAGUCUUUUCCAAUUUAUUGCGGUAAUAUACACAGAAGAUAAAACCUA